AUGGAGAAGGCCAGCCCAGCCGAGCCCCCCAGCAGGGGCAGAGAGCCGGCUAGGGAGAAGGGCCCAGAACGGGGAAAGGACCCAAAAGGAGCACAACCUGGCCGGGGAAAAAGCCAGUCCCACAACCCGGCUGAGCACAGCAAGGGUGGAAAAGGAAGCCAGGACGCCGCCACUGGCAAAAAGCACAGGUCGAAGAGCUCAAAAGAGUACUCCCAGCGCCGGGCGGGGAAAAAACAACGGGCCGCUGGCCAGUACUACAGGUGGUCGCGUCCCUUGCAGGCGGAACAAGAGCAGCACCGCGACACCCCGCCCCCACCGGUGCCCAAGCGCCGUGGAGGGCGAAAGGAGGAGGAUGAGAAAAGUGCUGCCUCGUACUCUUACUACUCUUCCUCCCGUUCCAGGUCGCCCAGGGCCAAGGAAAAGGCGGCUACAAAGGGCAAGGAGAAGCCUACCAAGGCCCCGGCCCACACGGCUGGCCAACGAAUGGCCGUCAAAUCCAAGGCCAAGCCCUCUCCUGAAGCCGAGGAGGCUUCGGGUUCCCCCGAGCCACUAGCGGCCUCUGCUCCCUCCAGCUCCCAGGCAGGGGUUCCCCCGCCUGCUGUGAACCUCACACGGGCGGCAAAAGAAAAGGAAUCCCCGGCCUUUGCUGAGGAAGAGAAGGGUUCCCCGGGUGGGUCGAUGGCGGCCAAAGACGAGUCCUCGGACUCUUGCUAUGAGCCCAUCCGGCUGCGCCCAGCUCCUCUCUCGAGCCCUGCGAGGAGGGCGCUUCCUGUUCCGGAUCUGGGUGUGAACAUGCAGUUCACUAUCCAGCUGAAGGAUGCCUCCAAGGAGGCGUGCUCAGGGCGCUACCUGCACGCUGCGUCUUUGGUGUACUUUGCACACCAGGACCGCCAAGGCGCGGAGCCGGGCUCCCCGCAGAAGGUUGCCACGGCCCUGGAAGUGCUUGGCUUAGGGGGUUCACGAGUGGUUUUCCGCUCGCCUUCCAACCCGGCCAAGUGCUGGAAGCUCUCCAAAAGGUCGCAGGAGGCAGAGCGUGACCUGUUCAAAGUCACCGGCCCCUGGACCCCGCGGCACACCAGGGCUUUGGGUGUGCACCGUGUUGUCGAGGAGGGCAAGGGCGGCGCCUCCUUCUUCGCGUCUCUUUUGGAGACGGAACUCGUGGAUCCUCUCCCCAUGGUCAACCCGCCGCUGAUCUUCCAGAUCUUCCUAACGGUGUGCCAAGCGGCAAAAUUUGCUAACGUCCGUGACCUCGGACGGAAAAAUAUGGGCAGCAGGUCCAUGCCCCAGGGCAUGGGUGACCCGCCCAGGUAUGAAGUCCUGCUGUUGGACUCCAACGACUGGGAGGAGUAUGGUUCGCAAACCACCCCCCAUUGGCCGAACAAGCGAAGGGCCCAGGGCCUUUGGUCCACAGUGAGCUCUUUCUCACCUGAGUUGCUGGAGCCUUUGCAGCAGCUGGUGAAGCAGCACCAAGCCGACCUCCAGGCCCUGACCCAAGGGAUCUACAACCUUAUGGGGAAAACCUUGGUUAAAGGGGAGGCUGAGGAUGUGCUCGAGGCCCUGGUCUCGACACAGGCACUUGGGCUAUCUCCGGAAGGCCACAUCUGCCAAUAUGUGCUGAAGCAGGGUGGCCCCCACCCGCUUGUACCUGGCCAGACUUGGGAGCUCCACCCGCUGGAACAAUUCCAGCAGGGGAAGCUUCGCAAAGCCAGAACCUGA